UAGUCAGGUAGCAUGGGAUCACAGUGUAACAAUUGUAAAUGUGAAAAGGAGAAAUAUAUGGAUAUUGAAAAAGCAGUAAUUGAAAAUCUCUCAUUAUAAACUUUUAGGAAUAUGUAGUAGUUGUUGCUACAUCUUCUCAAAAAUCAACAUCAAAAGCAAUUGUAAAAAAUAGAAUGGCAACAACCAUUUAAAAAUAUUGGCGAGGUUAUUACGUUAGAAAAAAGCUGACUUACUAAAAAAUAAUAGAAUCGAUUCCGUAAAAAACUAUGAACACUCAUGAAGUUGAUCAUUAGGAAUAAUUUGAAUCAGGGAUAACGAUAAACCAAGAUGAAUUCGAGAGAUAAACACGCCCACCUUAUAAGUAUCCAAAUAAAAAGUAUAAGAUUCAAAGGAGGAGCAGUCUAUACAGGAGAAUGGAAAGGAUAAGCCAGGGAUGGAGUAGGCAUACAAGUCUGGUCAGAUGGAGCAAAAUAUGAGGGGGAAUGGAAACACAAUAAAGCUUAAGGGAAAGGAAAAUUCACUCACUCAAAUGGAGACACCUAUGAUGGAGAGUGGGAGAAUGAUAUGGCAAAUGGAUAUGGAACCUAUUAGCAUAUUGGAGGAGCGAAAUACGAAGGAUAAUGGUUCAAUGAUAAACAGCAUGGAUACGGGCAUGAGGUGUGGCCAGAUGGAUCAUCUUACCAAGGAUUCUUUCAAAAUAGUGUUAAACAUGGAAAAGGUAAUUAUAUUUUCUAAGGAAGGCAAAUAUAUAUGGCCAAGUGGAUAGUAUUUUGAAGGGGAUUGGGUUAAUAAUAAGUUAUGUGGUUAUGGUGUUCUAGUUUGGCCAGAUGGUAGAAAAUACGAAGGAGAGUUCUAGAAUAAUAAUAUGCAUGGAAAGGGAACUUAUACUUGGCCAGAUGGGAGAAAAUAUUAUGGCUAAUACUUUAAUGAUUAGAAGCAUGUAUAUCUUUAAGCAUUUAAUGAAAGGGUUAUGGAAUAUAUGAGUGGAGUGAUGGAAGAAGAUAUGAAGGAGAGUGGGAAGAUGGAAAAUAACAUGGAAAGGGAUUGUAUGUGGUUGGAGAACUUGAAAGAACAGGGGAAUGGUUGAAUGGGAAACGAAUUAGAUGGGAUGAUGAAAAGAGAACAGAUUACAAAAAAUGA